AUGAAGUACGGAACUGCUUUGGUUGCCCUCGCGGGCCUGGCCUCGGCCCGUGAGAUCAACCUUUACUCGCGUAAGGUGUCGAAGCGUGAGGUCCCCCAGGAGCACUCUCACGAAUCUAUCCUGCGGGCCACCAACGACGCCCUGCAGCUCGACAACCCUCUUGAGAUCCAAGACACCGUCUUCGCUCUCCUGGGCAAUGCCGCUGCUGCCGAUGGCGCCCCCAAUGUCGACAACCUCGACUGCCUGCAGCAGAUCAUCGCCGACCAGGCCUUCACCAACGCCAAAGCGGCUGGUGAUCUCGACGGCCAGAUCCAGGCCAUCCUGUUCCGCGCCCUCGAACGCAACACGGGAUCGGUUGGUCUGGCCAGCGUGCUCUGCAACGAGACGGCCGUCAAUCCCGAGAUUGCCAACAUCCAGCAGCACCAAGAUCCUGCAUCUCCUGAAGCCUCUGGCAACGCGGCCAUUGAGCUGGAGGUCGCCAAGUCGCUGGCAUCCAUCGGCGCCGACCCCCUUCUUGCCCUCCAGAGCGCCACAUUCCCCCCGGGCGAGAUCGGUGACCCGACCGCUGCAGGCCAAACCUGCAACGAUAUCGAUGAUGCCAAUGGUUGCAUCUUCACCCUGAACCUCCUCACCCCGGCCGUCACUGAGGAUGAAAUCCAGGCCGCCGUUGCUGGUAUCGAUGCGGGGGCGGGCGCGGGCGGAGAUGCUGGUGCUGGUGCCGGAGAUGAUGCCGGUGCCGGUGACGCAUGCACCGUCAUUGUGGACCCUUCUGUGGACAACGGUGCCGGUAAUGCUGGAGCCGACAAUGGAGCCGGCGACAACGCUACCGGCACCGUCAACGUCCAGACCUUCACCGGCUCGCUCGGCGGCGUCGCGCCCCCCGUCGAGAGCACCGCCGGCUCGGACAGGCCGUUCGCCGUCAACGGCGCGACCUUCACCACCGCCGGCGCCGCCCUCCAGCGGUCGUGCUCGGUGCAAAAGAACGCGUGCGCCAACGCGGCCAACUCGGGCCAGAUCGAGGGCGGCACGCAGCAGUGCGAGGCGCAGGAGACCGAGUGCCGCGCGGCCAACUCGCUGAAGAGGGUGCGCCGGUCGACGCUGUCCCGCCGCCAGGCCAACGCGCUCGACUUUGGCGGCUGCGGCAGCCCGGCCAUCCAGUUCGCUGUCGGCCUCGACGGCCGCAAGGAGGCCAGCUUCCAGAACGUCAACAACGCCGACUUCAACCACGGCUCCGCCCAGGCCAUCCGCAUCAUCGCCGACUUCACCUGCUCCCGCCUGCAGAGCUCCUGCAACGCCUCUCAGGAGACCGUCCAGGCGUGCCAGCAGGCCUCGCAGGCGGCGCAGGCUGCCACCGGCCAGGCCGCUGCUGAUGCGUUUAACUCGGCUCUUGGCGUGUCUGCUUAG